CUAGUCAUCUAUGUGUAAGGUUUCUCAGUACUCGACUCAAACGUGUUUUUGUGCUCUUUUUUCAGUUGGCUUAUAUAUUCAUUAAUUAAUUAAAAUUUAAUAAUAUUUUCAAAUGAGAAGAAACAACUUUAAUGAAACAUAUAUAUGUAUAUAUACGUAUAUAGUAUGUACAUAUAUACGUAUAAUAUAUAAUAUACAUGUAUUUAUAUAAUGUACAUGUAAAUUUAAGCUAUUGCAAAUGGCGAUUAUUUUGCAUCCCUUACAAAAUUGACAUUUGCAUUAAUUAUAAUUAUAUUUAUAUUUAUAAAAAGAUUAUUAUUUUAUCAACUUACAAGUACAUCGGGUGAAGUGAGAUUGAAUUGACUUAUCCUUGUGAAACAGAGAAUGAGACAGUAACUUGUAAUAUUACUCAGGAUGUUUAAAGAAAAUGAUAGCAGUUCUGGAGGCUGUAGUAGCACAGCUCCUCGACCACGAAGAAUGUUAGCACGAUUUUCUUUACGCCGAUUAUUAUAUUCGAGUCCACUUAUUGGUCGUCGAAUUGUGAGGACACCUAGUUCAAACAACAGGAAUGUAAAAACAAAAGAUCCUGGUGGCAAGAUUGCUGACGUUGAAAAAGGAGAAGCCAGAGUAAGUAAUGGUUCGAGCCAUUUUCAAUUUCAGAACAUAGAUCUACAAUGUGCUUCCAGCAAAGGUUCUGUACUUUCUUCUGCCGGAAAGAGUAAUGAAAAUGGUUUAAUGGAGUGUCCUUUAUGUUUGGCUGAAUUACCAAUGGAAUUUUUUCCUGUUGUUCAGUCUUGUCACCAUCGCAGUUGUUAUGACUGUUAUCAACAAUAUCUUAAAGUAGAAAUUUCUGAAUCUAGAGUUAAUAUAGCAUGUCCUGAAUGUUCAGAGCCACUUCAUCCAAAUGACAUUCGAAUGAUUUUAAAUGACCAAACGCAAUUGGAGAAAUAUGAAGAUUUUAUGGUACGACGAGUUCUUGCUGUAGAACCUGAUGCGAGAUGGUGUCCUGCACCAGAUUGUAGCUUUGCCGUUAUUGCUAGUGGUUGUGCUUCAUGUCCGAAGUUACGUUGUGAGCGACCAGGAUGUGAUUCUUAUUUUUGUUAUCAUUGUAAAGCACGUUGGCAUCCUAAUCAGACAUGUGAUGCUGCUAGAGCUCAACGUACUCAAUAUUAUGAACGCAGUUCAUCUCUCAGUUUUAGUCAAAGUGAUUCACAGCAUAAAGAUGAUGUUAAACCAUGUCCAAGAUGUCAAGUGCUUAUUGUUAAAAUGGAUGAUGGAAGUUGCAAUCAUAUGGUUUGUGCUGUUUGUGGUGCAGAAUUCUGUUGGUUAUGUAUGAAAGAAAUCAGUGAUCUUCAUUAUCUAAGUCCAUCUGGUUGUACCUUUUGGGGUAAAAAGCCAUGGUCUAGAAAAAAGAAAAUACUUUGGCAACUUGGAACUUUAGUAGGAGCUCCAGUUGGAAUUGGUCUUGCUGCUGGUAUAGCUGUACCUGCUAUGAUUAUAGGUAUUCCAGUAUGGGUAGGAAAAGAACUAUAUACAAGAUAUGAGAAAGAUAACAAACAUAAGAGGAAUGCUUUUAUUGUUGGAGGAGUAACUGCAUCUGUUUUAGUUUCGCCCAUAUUAGCUGGAUUGGCCGUAGGUAUUGGCGUACCAAUUUUAUUAUUUUACGUUUAUGGUGUAGUCCCCGUUUCUCUUUGUCGAAGCGGAGGUUGUGGUGUUUCGACAAAUGGUACAGGUGUAAGAUUUGAUUUCGAUGACGAAAAUGAACUUAUGGGUUCUCUGAGUGUUCGCAAUGGUGGUGAUGCAGCAUCGAUUGAUGUUGCAAGUCAUCGUGGCGGUAAUCCUUCGAUAGGAGAAGCUUCACUUUCAUUAGGUAGUGGUAGUCAUUUGGAAAAAUUAGGUCGUGAAAACGAUCGUGAGAGUGCCAGUAAUGUAGCCGUUGCUGGUACUAGCCUUGCAGGAAGUAUAGCUUCUAGUGUUCUUCCAGGAGGUCAAAGAUUGGAAGUUCAAGCAGAUGUGACAUCUACUCAACGCUUCAGUUUGUGUAGUGAAACAGCGUCUGCCGCAACCAGUUUAUCAGAGAAAUCUGUAAACGCAUCUAUUGCAUUGGAUGAUGGCGCAGCUUCCACGAGAGCUCUAGCAGGCUCUGUUCUAAAUUUUAAAAUGGAUGGGAGUUCAAUUAGCGGUGGCAGAAGUACAGAAGGAGAACAAGGAACAAGCUCUAUUGCAGGAGGUCAUAUGGAUUCGGCAGGUCAAGCUACAUCUUUGAGUUCUCUCGAAGAAGUAGCACCUGGUUUAGCGAAACGUGCUCGACGCAAGCCAACGUUAGAUCGUCAAUGCAGUGAUUCCAGUAAUUGGACUGUUUGUGGAGAAGACGAAAGUUCUGAACGUGUCCGAUUCGAUGACCAUGUUAGUUUCAUCGAAGCGGAUCAAGAAGGAAUUGUUAGCACGUGUGGAGUGAAUAAUCGAACUUCUGGAAGACGUAAACGUAACAAAGAGAUAGAACAAGACACAAGUGGUCAAAAGAGUACAAACAGAAGUUCUAAUGGCGAAUCGAAGGCUGACUCGUUGACGGAAGAUAAUGUAUCAUGGGAACGGGUUAACGUCGCUGCUUUGAGAAAUGUUUUCUUUUAUAAUUCUACAGCUUCUACAGAUCGGGAAAAACGAUUAUCGGUGAUAGAAGAACCAUUUCCUGUAAUGGUACAGAACAACGGUGCACGUUUCUUGACAUCUUCCGACAAAGGAUGUAGUAUAAAUAAUGUAGAAGAAGAUUUACGCUCUUAAAAGAAAAAAGACUGAGCAUUUAUGUAAUAUGUGCGUCCUUUAAAUACGAAAUACGUAGAUAGAUGCGUAUUCACAUAUGUGUGUAUAUAUGUAUUUAAAUGUACACUGCGUGCGUGGAUUAAUGCCGAAUUUACUAUAUUUAUGCACACCAUGUAUACAUGUUAUGAAUGCAAUAGAGGGAACAAAUGAAGUCUAUCUUUGCAUGGCAAAGUACAUCGAAGUAAGUAAUAUGUGCGUUCAUAUUUUAGAAAUGCGUGCGUAUAAAUAUAUGUCAUGUACGUAUGUGUGUAUAGCUAUAUAUAUACUCACAGGCCUCAAAUUUGUUACAAAAAAGUUGCAAAUUAAUUUAAUACAGAUUUUUCUUCUAUGUCAACGUUUGCCUUUUGGGCAUAGGCGAAUAUUAUUAUAUACGCGGAAAAUUUUGUUCUCGUACUCAAAACACAAUAUUCAUAAAUAGAAAUAUCGAAUCCUUUAAAAUUUUUCUACGAUAAAACUCUGCAACAGAAUUAAAAUUUUCAUGCGAUAUGACAUAUACGUAUAGAAUAACUGUAUGUAAAACAUGAAAAAGUUAUAAAGCUUUAUGGUUGCAUUUUACGCCAAACAA